AUGACCGUUGAAGGCGACGCGAUCGACUCUCCGCCAAAGUCGUUCACAAAGCCUUGCAGACAGGACUAUCGAUUGCUGAUGUACUCAGAAGCAAACUCAACGCCACCUGAACGUUUGCUCAAAUUUGCAAAGCAGCUCAUUGUGAAGAUUCUAAAGGAGGAGGAAGCGCUGAAGGAUGUUCCGCUUACCGAGGACAACAUCUUGGACUUUUCUCUGCCAGAUUUUUCGGACAAGGACGAGCGCUACAAGUCCUGCCUGGCAUUCAUCUACACAAAAUGCGGUGAUUAUCUUUUUGCUCUGGGUGAGUUUGAUUCGGCACAAAACGCGUACAACAAGGCUCUCAAAUGUUCAAGUCUGCUGGACAAGCAUACUGCCGCCGCGUGCAGAGGUCUCAGUGCUUUGAUAUGGAGCAGAGCUGAUGAUUCUGCGAGCCUCGGUAGUGCAAUCAAGUAUUUGGAGACCGCUGUGGUAGCAGCCGGAAGCCCUGAUUUCUUGCAAAAGCACGCAGACGAGCUGAGUUCGCUCGAUGUUGCAGCCAGUCUGGCGAAUGAAUUGCUUUCCGGCAGCGAUUCUGACAGGAUCCCAAAUCAAGAGUUUCUGAGCGCCGAGAUUGAGUUGGGAGCGCUGUAUGCGAAGAUUGGCGAGAGAGAGAAAGGGCUGUCGACGCUACUGAAGGCGCUCAAAGCUCUUUAUGCCACCGAGCAGGCCAGCGUAGAAGGAGUUCCGGCGCGCGACAAAGUGGAUAUGUUGUUCCGAGCCAACACAGCAGACGAAACGAAGGCCAAGUUUUACAUAGCGGAAUUGCUGCUUAAGUUUGGAUUGGAGGACGAAGCUUACGAUUGGGCAAAGAUGGCGUAUGAGAUCGCGCUAGGAACGUACGAAUUCCACGUCGAGAGCGCCCAAAUUGCGCGGACAUCACUGGAAAUCAUGGCUCGGAUUGAAAAGAUGAAGGGCGAGCUCGAACUGGCCGAGAAGCAUGAGAAGAUUGCACGGAGAAUCUACGUGCCAGUAGUGCAAGAGAAGUUCUGCUAUGGAUGGCGGUUGUGA